CUUGCUUCGGUCUGAGGAUCCUAAACCGUUAUCAUAUACGGAUGGCCUGAUUGUCGAAGCCUAGAUAUAGUUAUUAUAUUGCGUUCGCCACACCCAGGGUUUUACUGGCUGUACGCAAGGCACUAGGUGCAAGAAAAGCUGUGUAGACUGCACAGGGAAGGGCUCUGAGGUAACGCGAAGCUGCUGAAGCUAUGGCCAGGUUCUUCAAGGAACAAGAUAUUGAUGAGUUUCGCGACUGCUUCCACCUGUUCGCUCGGCACGGCCAGAUCACGACCAUGGACGAGCUGACCGUCAUCAUGAGGUCCCUGGGAAUGUCGCCCACCAUAGCCGAGCUGCGCAACUACAUGAAAGAUAAGGGAGGAAAGAUGUCUUUUGCGGAGUUCCUCGACAUAAUGCAUCGACACACAAAGCAAGAGAAGAUUCCGAAGGAGAUCGUGCAGGCGUUCAAAGGGCACGACACUUCUCGCCGGGGUGUGAUCUCGGCGCGUAACCUACGCCACUUCCUGCUGCGCUGGGGCGAGUGUCUGAGCCCGCGUGAAGUUGACCAGAUCUUCCGCGAGGCCAACAUUCAGCCCAACGGGCUCGUCAAGUAUGACGACUUCGUCAAGAUUGUGUGCGCCCCGGUGCCGGACUACUAUUAACUGCUGGACCGUCUUUACUCUUCACCUCUACGCCGUCCACUGGCUCCAAAUGCGCAGCCGUCCGACCGGCCAGACGCCAGACAUCGCCGGCAGCGAGACGCCCAGACUGCGAAAUUGACAUGGGGCGGGCCACAUCCGGAGAUCGAUUCCAGACUGAAGUCACUCGGAUGAGAGAUGUCAACACCAAACCGUCCAUGCACCUAUACCCGUUUGUCGCCAAAAGAUGGUCGGAGCACCGAACGGCGCAGGCAGGCUGUUAAGACAAGCGGGUCCUUGCAUCAUCCCGUUCAUCUGGCAGGCACCGGCAGCAGGGCUUAUAGAAACCGACCGUCCUUUAGCCAAUUUCGGCCUGUUACUGCGCACGGAGUUGGGCCCGAAGAGCACUAAGAACAGCGUGCACGCGUUGCGAUUGGUGUAUGUUCUGUUGUCACGGUUGGCGACUGUUUAUUGUUACGUCCGUCCUUCAAGUAUUUAUAUUUUUGAUGAUAAUCUACUCACGAGCGUGCUGUCUUUGUUCCUGCAGCAGUGUCAUGUGAGUGCUGUCUACGUCGGUACGUGUACCUCAGAGUGCGUGCCGGACCGUUGUUCAAUGAUAAAACAAUGCCUCGUCUGUACGACGCUUACUUAGUCAGGGUCGUAAAAGAUCUGUAUUAUUCCGUCCCAGUCUUCCAUGAAUAAGUUGUGGUCGCAUGCCUGCAGGAAUGACACGCCGCCGUAUUGCUGGUAAUAUGUAUUCUGUCUUUACGAUAGCGCAACCCAUUGUGCCGGAGAAAGACCCUCGUGAUGUUGCAAUGCAUUUUCGCGGCACUUGUUGGAAACCGUAGACCUCGCGUAUUGUUUAUGCAAGCACUGGAGCAUUUACACACACGACUGACAGCUGGAAUAUUAUAAUACACUUUCUAGCAAGA